GUCCCCUUCCUCGUCUUUUCCCCUCAGGAGAAGUAGGGAAGGUGGCGGCGGUGGCGGUUGUCCCGGCCGGGCCGGUUGGUGUGGCCCGUCAGCCCGCGCACCGCAGCGCCUGCGCCGCGUCGAGCCCAGCAGAGCCGAGCCGCGGCGGCCAGGUCCGGCGCGGGCGGCGCGCGCUGACGGAGGGCGGCGGCCGCGGCCAGGGCGGCCCGUGGGACCGCGGGCCCCCGGCGCAGCGCCGCCCGGCUCUCGGCCCUGCCGGCCUCCUCCCUCGGCACCGCGGCCAUGGCGGCCAGCGCGAAGCGGAAGCAGGAGGAGAAGCACCUGAAGAUGCUGCGGGACAUGACUGGCCUCCCGCACAACCGAAAGUGCUUCGACUGCGACCAGCGCGGCCCCACCUACGUGAACAUGACGGUCGGCUCCUUCGUGUGUACCUCCUGCUCCGGCAGCCUGCGAGGAUUAAAUCCACCACACAGGGUGAAAUCUAUCUCCAUGACAACAUUCACACAACAGGAAAUUGAGUUCUUACAAAAACAUGGAAAUGAAGUCUGUAAACAGAUUUGGCUAGGAUUGUUUGAUGAUAGAUCUUCAGCAAUUCCAGACUUCAGGGAUCCACAAAAAGUGAAAGAGUUUCUACAAGAAAAAUAUGAAAAGAAAAGAUGGUAUGUCCCACCAGAACAGGCCAAAGUCGUGGCAUCAGUUCAUGCAUCUAUUUCAGGGUCCUCUGCCAGUAGCACAAGCAGCACACCUGAGGUCAAACCACUGAAAUCUCUUUUAGGGGAUUCUGCCCCAACACUGCACUUAAAUAAGGGCACCCCUAGUCAGUCCCCAGUUGUAGGUCGUUCUCAAGGGCAGCAGCAGGAGAAGAAGCAGUUUGACCUGUUAAGUGAUCUUGGCUCAGACAUCUUUGCUGCUCCAGCUCCUCAGUCAACAGCUACAGCCAAUUUUGCUAACUUUGCACAUUUCAACAGUCAUGCAGCUCAGAAUUCUGCAAAUGCAGAUUUUGCAAACUUUGAUGCAUUUGGACAGUCUAGUGGUUCGAGUAAUUUUGGAGGUUUCCCCACAGCAAGUCACUCUCCUUUUCAGCCCCAAACUACAGCAUUUAGAAUGCUUUCAUCUAGCUGCAGUUUUGGUGAAUUUACUUCAGCUUUUCCUCUUCAGGCUACCCACAGUGGAAGUGCUACAUCAGUAAAUGCUAAUUUUGCUCAUUUUGAUAACUUCCCCAAAUCCUCCAGUGCUGAUUUUGGAACCUUCAAUACUUCCCAGAGUCAUCAAACAGCAUCAGCUGUUAGUAAAGUUUCUACGAACAAAGCUGGUUUACAGACAGCAGACAAAUAUGCAGCACUUGCUAAUUUAGACAAUAUCUUCAGUGCCGGGCAAGGUGGUGAUCAGGGAAGUGGCUUUGGGACCACAGGUAAAGCUCCUGUUGGUUCUGUGGUUUCAGUUCCCAGUCAGUCAAGUGCAUCUUCAGACAAGUAUGCAGCUCUGGCAGAACUAGACAGCGUUUUCAGUUCUGCAGCCACCUCCAGUAAUGCGUAUACUUCCACAAGUAAUGCUAGCAGCAAUGUUUUUGGAACAGUACCAGUGGGUGCUUCUGCACAGACACAGCCUGCUUCAUCAAGUGUGCCUGCUCCAUUUGGAGCUACGCCUUCCACAAAUCCAUUUGUUGCUGCUGCUGGUCCUUCUGUGGCAUCUUCUACAAAUCCGUUUCAGACCAAUGCCAGAGGAGCAACAGGCCUUUCUGGAGCAAUGCAUUCUCAAGUGUUUCCUCACGCUCAUUUUGCGGCAACCUUUGGCACUGCAUCCAUGAGCAUGCCCACGGGAUUUGGCACUCCUGCUCCCUACAGUCUUCCUACCAGCUUUAGUGGCAGCUUCCAGCAGCCUGCCUUCCCAGCCCAAGCAGCUUUCCCUCAACAGACAGCUUUUUCUCAACAGCCCAAUGGUGCAGGUUUUGCAGCAUUUGGACAAACAAAGCCAGUGGUAACCCCUUUUGGUCAAGUUGCAGCUGCUGGAGUAUCUAGUAAUCCUUUUAUGACUGGUGCACCAACAGGACAAUUUCCAACAGGAAGCUCAUCAACCAAUCCUUUCUUAUAGCCUUAUAUAGACAAUUUACUGGAACGAACUUUUAUGUGGUUACAUUACAUCUCUCCACCUCUUGCACUGUUGUCUUGUUUCACUGAUCUUAGCUUUAAACACAAGAGAAGUCUUUAAAAAGCCUGCAUUGUGUAUUAAACACCAGGUGAUAUGUGCAAAACCGAGGGCUCCAGUAACACCUUUUAACCUGUGAAUUGGCAGAAAAGGGUAGCGGUAUCAUGUAUAUUAAAAUUGGCUAAUAUUAAGUUAUUGCAGAUACCACAUUCAUUAUGCUGCAGUACUGUACAUAUUUUUCUUAGAAAUUAGCUAUUUGUGCAUAUCAGUAUUUGUAACUUUAACACAUUGUUAUGUGAGAAAUGUUACUGGGGAAAUAGAUCAGCCACUUUUUAAGGUGCUGUCAUAUAUCUUGGAAUGAAUGACCUAAAAUCAUUUUAACCAUUGCUACUGGAAAGUUACAGAGUCAAAAUUGGAAGGUUUUAUUCAUUCUUGAAUUUUUCCUUUCUAAAGAGCUCUUCUAUUUAUACAUGCCUAAAUUCUUUUAAAAUGUAGAGGGAUACCUGUCUGCAUAAUAAAGCUGAUCAUGUUUUGCUACAGUUUGCAGGUGAAAAAAAUAAAUAUUAUAAAAUAUGCUAUUGUUUUUGUGUUCUUGCUGCAAUGCCUUUACCAAAGUGGCCUUAAAUAUGAGUAGUGAAUUGAGAACAUCUUGAAUUCUUAAAAGACUUCUUAGUGACUUUUUAUAAAAAGGCCAUGUAGAAAAUUUAUUAAAACUAUGACUGCUACAUUCAGGAAUAUGUCAGUGGUAAAGCAUUUAAAUGUAGCUUGUCAGAUUAUCCAUAAUCCUUCUAAUUUCUUUGCAGCUUAUUAAUUUUGUGAAAUUUGUAUAUAUGAAGAAUUUGCAUGUAUGUGUAUUUACAAAUUUUUCUAAGUAUCUUUAAUUCUCAGACUGCAAAAGGCCUAUUUUAACUAUUGAUUUUUUAAAAAACAAUAUUGUCUUUGAAUGUAUUGGAAGUAGACAUGCAUUAACUGUGACAUUAUUGCACCUCAGUUCUCUUCUUUUUUGGGCAAACGAUAUUAUAUCUAGGAUAUUUGUUUAUGUUUGUUUUUUAGGGGAAAGAAACUGGAACUCAGUGUUACCUUGAAGUUAUGGGAUACUUUGUUUAAAAAGGCAAAGAUGCUAAGUUUAGUAUGCAACUCAGAAACUUGGAAUAGUUUUUUUAAGAAUGCCUCUGAGCAACCCAUAUAAAUCACAGAGUCUGUGUGUUAGAGCUUAUGCAUUUGUUUUUAUGAGAGAUUUUAAUAAACUUGAUUAUUUGCUUGUCCAGACUGUAGCAUAUUAGCAGUUUAGAAGGAAUGGCUUGCAAGGAAGGCAACUGGGAAAAAAAACUCUGAGGAGCAUACACUGUCCAAGGCCAUUAGUGUAAGAACCACUAGCCAGCCUAGAGGACAUCACUAUACUACAUCAUCUGAUGAUUGGUCUUUACUGUACCUCUAGGUAAUCAAGGUAAUGAAGGUGAAAUUGCAUACACAGAUAUGUGGUACAUGUUUUAAAAGUUUUAUCUUGAAUUGAUUAAAACUUUUUAAAAAGCUUUGGUAUUCAAAGAGGUAAACGUCAAUUUCCUCAAACAUUUUAUUCAUGUUGAAUGCCUUUUGCAAUGAUGACUGAGUUGUUAUCAUAGUAUUUUAAAAUCUGUAUGGUGUUUUAGACUUGUUAAAACAUUGCUGUCCAGUGUACAUCUAGCUGAAAGUGUGGUUUAUCUGAACCAUUUUAAUAAGCAAGAUGUCUGGCAAAUCUCUGCCCCUUUUCUGAGCAGUAUGCCUCUUCUUUUAGAAUUAAAUGAAUGCUUCACAGGUCCAGGUGUGUGUCGAAGUAGACUUGAAAUGUCUCUACAUUUUGGGGGACUUCCUCAGCCCUUUUUAUUGAGGGAAACAAUAUUUGAAUUUCUGUUUUAGAUUGUAUCGGGUCCCAGUUGAUUCAUGUGUACGAAGUUAUACUACCUAAUUAUAGCCAUUACCCAAAUAACCUACCAGGCUUUCCUUCUGAGUAGUAAAUUAAACAGUUGUUAUCAACAUAAUUUUAAAGACUGUUUCUUUUUCUGGGUGACUAUUAAAGUUUGUAAUUAAAUGGGAGCUCCUACUCACUUUAAAUUAGUGCUUAUAAAAUAGAAAUGUUUAGUUUAAGAAGAGACCCAAGCUGGGUAUGGUGGUGCAGAGCCUGUAGUCCUAGCUACCCUGGAGGUGAGGUGGGAACAUCACUCGAGCCCAAGAUUUGGAGGCUGCAGUGAGCUGUGAUCACUCCACUGCACACUAGCCUGGGUGAUCAAGUGAGAUCCUAUCUCAAAAGAAUUAAAAAAAAAAAAAGAGAGAGAGAGAGGUAGCUUUAAGGUACUAAAAGUAUUAAAAUAGUUUUUCUUAUAUUCAGUUUAUUAUUAAAGAAAAUUAGCUUUUGUUAGACUUUUAUAUUCAGAUUUGUUCUAGUUUUAUAUAGACCAUCAAAAUUACGUUGAGUACUAAAAAGGAGAAAAAAAUCCUGGAAGGGCAGCAAGGCUGAAAACCUCCAAAUUGCCUGACUUACUGGUUUAGUCAGAUCAUUUUUCCUGUUCAGGUAUCUAUCUGCAGGUAUCCCUGUUCAGGAAGGAAGAACUUUUUUUGGGAUGGCAAACUUUUGACAUAGUUUAAAGACAUUUUUUCCUCAUUUUUUUGAGAAAAAGAAUAUUUUACAAUUUUUGUGGAAAAAUAAUUCCUUCUAUUAAUUUGUAAAAGCAUGUCAUUUCUUUACCUGUGAGAUUCCCUGCCCCUUAUACACACACUCUCUCUCUCUCUCUCUCUCUCUCACUCUCACUCUCACUCUCACUCUCACUCUCACUCUUUAGUACAGUUCCCACCAAUUGGCAACAUGGAGAGGGUGACCUGGCUGCUGCUUUACCACUGUACGAACAUCUCUGGAGCAUUUUAGUCUCAGGACCAUAACUCUUAUUGAAGAUCCCCAAAGAGCUUUUGUUGAUGUCGUUAUCUCUCUCAGAAUUUAUUGUAUUGAAUUUAAUACUGAGAUUUUUUAAAACAUGUUUAUUUAAAUAUAACAAUAAUAAACUACUUGCUGGCAUAAAUAACAUUUUUGAUAAAAAUAACUUUUCCAAAGCAAAAUCUAAUGAGAACAGGAACACGUUUUACAUUUUAUGCAUUAAAAAAAAAAACUGGCUUAAUAAAAGCAGUGAGAGCAUUCCAACUUAAAAAAAAAAAAUUACACAGCAUACACACUGGAAAACUCCACUAUGCACUUGUGAAAUCAGAAUGAAAAAGAUAUAUAAUGUCUUAGUAGGACAAUGAAAAUAGUUUGACCUUUCACAGCCCUUCAAAGAAAGGGUUGUAGACCUUAAGGGUCUCCAGACCCUUUGAGAACCACUAUACUUUAAAUUUGUUAGAACAGUAUUCACUUGUUCUAACAUACUACCCCCUGAGGUUUUUUUGUGUUUGCUAGUGAGAAAAACUGAAAUUGCAGAUGUUUUAACACUAACUACUUCAAGGUAAUAAUAGCAGUGGUAUUACGUAUGGGGUGUAUAUCAGACAGUCACUUGCCAAAUGAUUUUCAUAUUUCAUCUCUUACAGUCCCUGCAGUGGGCCCAUACUUUUAGGAUGAAAGAAGCAAAGCAUAGAGAGGUGAAGCUAGUGGUAGCUUUUGCUCUGGGGAACAGAUUUGGAUUAAAAUGCUAUCACAUUUCUUUACGAAUACAUACUUUCUUAAUAUUUGGAAAUUCUAAGCAAGUUCUUGUGUACCUAAAAAAAACUUUAAUCACUUGAAUUCUUUUUCAUAAUUUGAUAAAGUCAGUACAGUUUAUUCUUGGGUUUUUUUUUUAACUUUAGAAGUAAUGGUAACUAGUGGAGCGUGUUUUAAAUUGAAGACUCAUCUGAAGUAUCACAGACUCCUGUUUUGUAAAGCAUUCUACCUUUAUUGUUACAGUUUGUGCCCUAUACAGUUUUAAAAUUCACUUUUUAAAACGUAGUAUAAUUAAAAUUUGUAUUAAAUUAACCUAUUGUAUUGAAUUCAUCUUCAUUAGUUAAAAUUUUGUUUUUAUAUUUUAAAAUUUAGUGACAUUAAACUUUUCAUGUGGUUGUUUGUGAACAAACAAAUAUAUAACCACGGUGUCAUCUAGUGUGCUGCUGAAUGUCUAACAACCAUCAUUCACAAAAGAAAAAAAGCCCUGUUUUGUAGUGUUUACUAAUAUUUGUGGUAUAAAUACUAUCUCCAUGGUGAUUUUACCUGCCAAUCUGAUGUUGUUAAAUGCAGUUUAAAGAGAUAGCAGACUAGUGGCGCUCCCAAGCCUUUACAAACCAGCUCCAGCACAGUAAGGACAUAUAAUUCCACAACUCAUUAAUCACAUUUAUUGUUCAUUUGAUGAUUAUAUCCAGUAUUUGAAGAGCUUUUAUGUUGUUAAUUCAUUCAGCAAGUAUUUGGACACUUGUUCAUUUUUAGAGAUAUACUGGGCACUGAGGUAUUUAAUCUGCAAAGAGCCAAGUGUUGGUGAACCAUGGUUUUAAAAAGUCCAAUUGUUGUGCUCUUAUAGGGAUUGUACAUUCAAGGCUUACACUCCGAAUUCUGUGUACAGUUCGGUUUUGUUUGACCAGUACAGUGUUUUUAAAAUGUUGCAUUCUGAUUUCAACUCUUUAAAAUAGGGCAUGUACUCUUAAGGUGGCCACUAGCUUACCACUCUCAGUUUUCCUUAGUCUCAAACAUUCACAUGCUUUUCAAAGCCUUUGAGUUGGCAAAUCCUGAAUAGAUAGUGAAGGUAGGAAAUGGCUCUUCUUAUGCCACAUCUUAGUCUGAUUUUGAAGUCAGUUGUGUAAGUUUGGGCUCACAGUGGUAUUUCCCAGUGAAGACUGUUGCCAAGAAUCCAUACCACUCUGAUUAUUUUAUUCUAGUGGAUAAAAAUUCAACGUAUAUUUCAGUGUAUUUUUGAAAUCUGUGCUUGUCCAACAUAGGGCUUAGGGGCUGAUAAAAGGAGAAUGUUGUGAUUUGAGCUUUUAUAAAAAGAUACAGUGAUGCUGGAUAAAAUAUUUUAAAUUUUAUUAAAAUGCCCAUAGUUUAAUUUUUUUAAUCGGUUCUCUGAAAUCUUGAUAUGUUAUGCAUGUUACAGUUUAAGCAAUGAGAGUGAAAUUUGAAGUCUAAAUUCUCAGCAUCUCCCUCAAUCUUGAGUGGAGAGACAGAGGAAGCAAACGCCAAGGAGCCUUCUAAUUUUGACUAUAUGAUCAUUAACUAAAGGCAGCAAGGGAUUGUAAACUAAUCUUAUAUAGUCAGUAUUUCAUAGAAUGCUUUGGUUGCAAUCAGGUUUUUUAAAGACUUUAAAGGUUUUUUUGUAUGUUAUAAUAUAUGCUUAUGUUUUCUAAAAAUUAUGCAGUAUGCACAAAGGACAUAAAGUCAAAAAGUAUGUCUCCCUCUGUGACUUUAUUCUCACACCCAAGAGGUAUAUAAUUUCUUGUAUUCUUGUAUAGUCUUUCAGAAAUGUUAUCAUUUAUUUUAUAUAUGCCUCUCUAUAUAUGCCUCUUCCUGUUCUUCCUUAUUUUAAAUGUUCAGUUUUGUGACUUUGUUCUUGUUUAACUUGGUUGUCUUUCCAUAUUUCCACAUCCAGCUCUAACUCAUUAUUUUAAUGCCUCCAGGAUUCCAUUAUAUGGAUGUCCCUUGGGAGAACAGUUGUUUAUAGACUUUUCUACUAAAAAUAUUGUUACAAUGAUAAUAUCCUUAUGCAUAUAUGAAGAUUACUCUUGAUUCUGCCUGACUGGAAACUUUUAAUAAAAUAGACAUCAUUCUAUUUUGAGACUCACCAGAUGUGUAGGAAUGAUCUUGUGCUUCCCUAUUUAAGAAAUUAUUCAGUUUAAAGAAGGAACAAAAAAUCUAAUUGACUGAAGAUACAUGAAAAAUCCUAUGCUUUUAAAUUAAAACUAUUAAGGCAGUCAGUUCAUUGAAAGAUUGUGCAAGCUCACAUCUAUUUUGCACCUUAAUUUUUUCAUUGUCCCUACUCAUGACUAUAAAAGUGCAUGGCUUGGGGCUCUAUUUUGUUUUACAAUUUGUUGGUAUCGUGCCUUUUCUUAUCUACAUUAGCUUAGACUAUACCUUAUUUUUAAGAAGAGAAAAUAGCAGUUAACUAUGGCAGACUCUAUUUUGGCACAACCACAUGUUUGUUCAUUAUUUCUUCAAAAUUAGCUUCCUAUGCUUUAGAAAAAAAUGUGAGUUAUUACUCCGAAAGUUCUGAUUCUGAUUCCUCAUGGUUUAGAGCUCAGAAAUUUCUUAGCUUGUAUUUGCUGUUAGUCAAGCACAGGAUUUGUUUCCUGCAAAAGUUUAUUUUCCAUAAGGAAUACUUGUCCUAAUAGCUGAUAGAAAGUACCUUUGCACUUUAAAUCCUAGAAAUAGGGAACAAGGAAACUUACUGAGAAGUUCAAAAGAAAGAAUAACAGGACUUUCUAGUCAGCAGGGCAUGUUUGGAAAAUGUUAAUACACCAUAAAUUUUGAAGACCAAUUUUAGUUCAGGAGGUGGUUUUAAAUAUUGGAUGAAAACUUACAGGCUGAUUUCAGUAUUCAUUUCUGAAAUGCUUUAGUAUGAUAGAUAAAUUUGGUUAAGUUCUUGUUCAUUGUGAAAUACUGUUGGAAGAAUUUUUUUCAAAAUAAAGACUUAUGAAUUUGUGUAC